UUUCCGCAAAACAAAACGCUGUCAUGUGAGGUGCAUGCACCAAAAAGUGCACUCUUCCAAAUCGACACAAACCAGCUCAGCUCGCGAUAUUUUAGUUUAAAGUUGCCCCGUUCCGUCCGGAUCAGGAUUGGGACCCGCCCGGACAUCUGUCGUGAUACAAUAAGGAAUUUAGGGUCCUGCAUACAGACAGAAUAUGACGUCACUAAAAUUGCCCACUUCGGACUGGGUGCGGGAAAGUAAUCUGCUCUGGUAUCACCGUUGGAUCAUCAAGGUGCUCAAAGCGGGUCCAGUUCCGCGACAUGUAGCAUUCAUCAUGGACGGAAAUCGGCGGUUUGCCCGGAAGGAAAACAUCGCCAAAGCCGAGGGCCAUUCCAAGGGGUUUGAUAAGCUGUCGGAAACGUUACAAUGGUGCCAAGAUGUGGGCAUCCGAGAGGUUACGGUUUACGCUUUCAGCAUAGAGAACUUCAAACGGACCAAGGAAGAGGUAGACACCCUGAUGGAUUUGGCAAGGGAGAAGUUCCGGAAAUUGUUGGAGGAACGAGACAAACUACACGAGAGGGGAAUUUGUAUCAGGAUCAUAGGGAACAUGGGUUUACUUCCGGUGGACAUUCAGCACUGUAUGGCCGAGGCUGUGCUCCUCACGCAAAACAACCAAAACGCAUUCCUGAACGUGGCAUUUUCCUACACAUCUCGGGACGAGAUCGCACAUUCCAUACGGGUCGUAGCGGAAGGAGUACGGGAUGGUCAGCUACAAGCGAGAGAUAUAGACGAAGAAGUCCUUACCAGAUGUAUGUACACGAAACAGUGCACCGAUCCGGAUCUGUUGGUUCGCACUUCCGGCGAAAUGAGGCUGAGCGACUUCCUCCUCUGGCAGUCCAGCUCGACGGUGAUCUACUUCACGAAAACCUUGUGGCCAGAGUUCAGCAUUUGGCACCUGUUUGGGGCGGUGUUCUACUACCAGAGGGUUCACUGGCAGAGAAUCGGAAUCCAAGAUGUGCCGCUGUGGAGAAGAGACAAUUUGUUGAAGGAGAAUUGGACCGAAAAGGCCCGGAGUGAACGAAACGAACGGGUGAAUAAGUUUUUGAAAGAUGUCUACCGUAGAGAUCAGGAACACCUGGUGAAGAUGGCUAGUGCCAUGGCGAUAGAGUAGCAAUAAAAUCGAAUUUGGGUUAGGGAAAUUAUGAAACAUGGUUCAGAUUUAUGCAUUUUUUUAGAGAAAUUAACCAAAGAAAAACGGUAAUAAAUGGCUUCUUUGCA